AUGGAGCCAGCUCCUGAGGAGGCCGGACCGGCAGCUGAGCCGCAGCUGCAGCCGCAGCUCUCCUCCCCAUUCCGAACACGAUCCCGAUCAUCCUCCCUAUCUAAAUCUCCAGAUCUCCAACCCUUCCCCGCACUCGGAGCGGACACCAUUUCAAUCGCCUCCAUCAAGAGUGGCACAACACCAAACGCCCACAAAGACACCAACCCGAAUCCAGACCCAAAUCCACAGAGCGCUGCAUCUUCUACCCGCUCCCGUCCCGUGUCGAGCGUAGUACCGCCAUACUGGCGCCGACAUGAGCGUGACGCCUCACGCGUCUCGCAGUCAUCUCUAAAUCAUGUUGCCCCGAUCACCCUCGAAGAUCAUACAGCAGACCCGAACUCGGAGACGAGUCGGGGCCUUUGGGCGCGUAGUGUUUCCAUCGAUGAUCACGUCGUUGUGCAGGGCAUGACUGGGGUUGGUUCGUAUGUUGUUUGGAAUUGUACGAUUUAUACACUUGAUGGGGCACCAAUUGUUGUUCGGAUGAGAUACUCCGAGUUCGAUGAUUUGCGCCAGCGGCUAGUUGCUUCGUUCCCGCAUGCUCGAAACGCUUUACCCGCGCUACCCCCGAAGAGCGUUCUCUUCAAAUUCCGCCCCAAAUUCUUGGAAUCACGACGUGUAGGCCUGGAAUAUUUCCUCAACUGUAUCCUUCUGAACCCAGAGUUCUCCGGCUCCCCAAUUGUCAAAGAUUUCCUCUUUGGCCGUAUUUGUUAA